AUGGCGAUAAAGAGCUCCUGCAGCAGCAGCCCACCACCAAGCAUAAGCAACACCAUCCUAGUAAACAACACUGGCUUCAGAGAGUACGACAAAAUACGCUACAACUGCCCCCCUAACACCGCCAGCUUGCUGGGUGAACGUUACAUAGAACUGCAGUGUCAGCCCGUCUCAGGCUGGAACGUCACCUCCUCCACUAACGAAACCAUCGAGCAAAUCUCAAGCAGAUUCACAUGUUUUGAUUCGUGCCCAGGACCCGCAGUUGCGCCCAACACCAACUGGCAGAGCAACUGGACUUCAGAGUUCGUGAAUGGGACGGUGAUCUACUACACUUGCCCCAACACCUCCUACCUCACCUCGGGUGACGACCAUCAGCUCAUCAACACCUGCAGCAACAACUCUUGGACCUUCCUUGGAAUUCCAUACUGCAUGAAUCAGGAGCCUUAG